GCAGCAGCAGAGCGAGCCGGUCCAGCCCGACGAUGAGAGCCGCGGUGGUGGCCCUGGCCCUGGUGCUCCUGACGGGCACGCAGGCACGGUCCUUCUGGCAGCACGAUGAGCCCCAGGAGCCCCUGGACCGCCUCCGCGACAUGGUGGAGGUCUACCUGGAGACGGUGAAGGCCAGCAGCAAGGAUGCCAUCGCGCAGUUCGAGGCCUCCGCCGUGGGCAAGCAGCUCGACCUGAAGCUCGCCGACAACCUGGACACGCUGAGCGCGGCGGCCGCCAAGCUGCGUGAGGACAUGGCACCCUACUACAAGGAGAUGCGCGAGAUGUGGCUGAAGGACACGGAGGCGCUGCGCCAGGAGCUCAGCAAGGACCUGGAGGAGGUCAAGGAGAAGAUCCGGCCCUUCCUGGAGCAGUUCUCGCAGAAGUGGACGGAGGAGGUGGAGCAGUACCGGCAGCGGCUGGCGCCCGUGGCGCAGGAGCUCAAGGAGCUCACCAAGCAGAAGGUGGAGCUCAUGCAGGAGAAGCUGACGCCCGUGGCCGAGGAGGCGCGCGACCGCCUGCGCGCGCACGUGGAGGAGCUGCGCAAGAACCUGGCGCCCUUCAGCGACGAGCUGCGCCAGAAGCUGAGCCAGAAGCUCGAGGAGAUCCGCGAGAAGGGCAUCCCGCAGGCCGCCGAGUACCAGGCCAAGGUGGUGGAGCAGCUGAGCAACCUGCGCGAGAAGGUGUCGCCCCUGGUGCAGGACUUCAAGGAGCGCCUCACGCCCUACGCCGAGACCCUCAAGACGCGCUUCAUCAACUUCCUGGACGAGCUCCAGAAGAACGUGGCGUGAGCCGCCCGCGCCACCGCCAGCGCCAGCGCCUGCGCCUCCGC